AUGCCGGCGACCAAGUUUUACUACUUCAAUCUUAAAGCUCUUGGUGAAUCAUGCCGUUUGCUACUAGCUUAUGCAGGUGAAGAGUUUGAAGACAAACGUAUCAGUAUGGAAGAAUGGGCAGAAUUGAAGCCAAAAACCCCGUUUGGUCAAAUGCCCAUACUCGAAAUCGACGGCAAGCAGUACGCGCAAAGUAACGCCAUCUGUCGCUACCUCGGUCACAAGUACGGACUCGCUGGCUCCAACAUCGAAGAGGACCUAAUCAUAGACCAGAAUGUCGACUUCCUCCACGAUAUCAGAGCUAAGGCUGCCGUGGUCCACUACGAGUCGGAUGAGGCAGUCAAAGCGAAGAAACAUGAAGACUUCACUAAGAACCUAUACCCCGUCAUGUUAAAAAAACUGAAUGAAAUAAUUGAGCAGAACAACGGCCAUCUUGCUCUUGGAAAACUUACAUGGGCCGAUUUUGUGUUCGCCGGUGUGUACGACUACGUAAAAACGAUGCUUCAAAUGCCCGAUCUUGACGAAAAGUACCCGAGCUUCAAGAAACUAAAGGAGUCCGUCGUCACCUUGCCCAAAGUAAAGGAGUUCUGCGCCAACGAGCCCAAAACUAUGUACGAUUUCUAA